GUCGCAUCACUAUUUCGCAGUUCUUAUAGUUCACACGAACUUGUCAGUUAAGUUUACAAAAUUUGGGCGAGGCUGGCUUUUCCUCCGGUGUUUGUCAUCUUAAACGUUUUUAUUAUAAUUAAAAGCCAUUUUUGAAAUAAAGCCGUAAUGUACGUACACUGAGAAAAUGAAGUUUUCAUUGUUAUUACUCGCGGUAACAAGUUGUGUGAAGACUCAGCUCCCAGACUCCGGUACUUACAAUCCGAAUUACCCACUGCAAUAUCCGGACAUUGGACAAAAUGUGUCACAGUACCGUCCAAACCAGCAAGUACCUUACGGUAGUUUUCCUGUAAACGGUAAUGAAGUACAAAGUCAAAGUUCGUUUUACCAGGACAGUAAAUACAACAGUGACGGUUUCAAUGAUGACGACAAUGAUGUAGAUGAUACGGCUAGUUACUACGCAGGCCUGGACUAUGAAGAGAGGUAUAAGUGCCCACCUAACUGGAUACGUUAUAGAGAGUCUUGCUAUCGUUUCACGAAAUCGCCCGACCGGCCGAGAAACGAAGCACGUAAAAUCUGUCAAGCCUAUGAGGCAGAUUUGGCUGCCGUUAACACAGCUGAAGAACAUGGCUUCAUUAUUACUAAUUUGAUGAAAUUAGACCCACAGAAGGGGUCAUGGUACAUUGGAGCGCAUCAACAAUCUCCAGGAUACUGGGCCAAUGAUGUUGAUGGUUCACAGUUAACAGGGCUGGAUAAUGCAUUUUUUGAUGACCGUCAGUUAACCUACACAAGUUACAAUCUAAUCCCUCGGGAUUACUUAGUCUAUAGAUUCUCGCAUAAGGAAGGUCGUUGGGGACUAGCUCCUGUUGAGGGCACACAGUACUACCACUUUAUAUGUGAAGGACAAAUACAGAGACUUCACUAUCUUAUUGAAGAAGAAAGAUCAUUUACUUAUGGAUUGGAGACAUAUGAUCCGGAGAGAAUUCCUAGAGGGCCAUAUUUUAUUAAAGAACCUGUGGAUACAAUAUAUGAUCCACUGAGAAACUACCAUGUCCAAUUGACUUGUAUGGCAGGGGGCUACCCCACACCAGUGUACAGAUGGUUUAGAGAAGAUUAUCAAGUUGACAAUCCUGUGUUUACAGAAAUAGAUCCCUUAAAAGAGUCAAGAUUUAUUGUUAGUGGAGGAACUUUAAUGAUAUACAACCCUGACACAGAAAAAGAUAAUUCAAAAUAUCAUUGUACUGCAACAAAUAAGUUUGGCACAAUUAGGUCAGAAUCAGUGAGAUUGUCAUUUGGAUUUAUAAGACAGUUCAACCAGAAAAGGCCAAUAGAAAGUGGAAACCAGUAUUGGGGUAAAGUGAUAUAUUGUGAUCCACCAUCUUACUACCCUGCUGUGAAUUUCAUGUGGGCUCGGGGGUACUUCCCUAACCUUGUGGAGGAAGACAAGCGUGUCUUUGUGUCAAAUGAUGGAGGUCUUUACUUUUCAGCUUUAGAAACAAUUGACAGAGGAAAUUACAGUUGUAAUGUGAUGAGUAAAGUAUCUGAUGCAGGUAGAAAUGGACCUUUCUUUCCUCUAUUAGUUUACCCACAUUCUGAUUAUCAACAACUGAAAUUCCCAAACAAUUUCCCUAAAGUGUUUCCUGAAGCACCUGUAGUGGGACAAGAGGUCAGAUUAGAAUGUGUUACAUUUGGCUACCCAGUGCCAUCUUACAAUUGGACCAGAAAAAACAGUCCUAUACCAAAGAAGGCACGUCUCAGUAAUUUUGAUAGAGUGAUGACAAUACCAAAUGUGGGUGUUGAAGAUGAAGGUGAAUAUAUUUGUGAUGUCCGUAAUGACAGGGCCCAUAUCACUAACAGCGUCUUCCUUAAAGUGCAGGCUGAGCCGAACUUCACCAUACCUUUAGCAAAUAAGCAUAUGGACAACAAUGGAGAGUUGCAUUGGAAUUGUGAGGCUUUUGGCAUUCCUGAUGUAAACUACACAUGGUGGAAAAAUGGUAAAAAAUUGGACAUGGAAACAUUGGAACCAGAAUACAGGGAUCGUUAUAUAAUACAAGAUAAUGUAUUGAUAAUAAAAUAUUUGGAUCCAACAAUAGACCCUGGCAUGUAUCAGUGUGAGGCUAAAAAUCAACUGAAAGCUAGUUAUUCAACAGGACAGUUCCGAGUGUUGUCUUUGAAACCAUCAUUUAAAAAACGUCCUCUUGAAUCAGAGACAUAUGGUUCAGAUGGAGGUAAUGUAACAUUAAAAUGUAACCCUGAGGCUGCGCCAAAACCAACAUUUACUUGGAAGAAAGACAAUGUCAUUAUAGGAGCUGGUGGUAAAAGAUUCAUAACAGAUAAUGGGAACCUCAUCAUACGACAGCUGUCUAGAGAUGACGAAGGUGUUUACACUUGUGUAGCCAAAAACCAAUACGGUACAGACGAAAGCAGAGGCCGCCUUAUCGUGCUGCGUGCUCCAAGGUUUAUCGAGAGAUUGCCGCCGCGCAUCACGACACAAGUCAAUCAAAACGUAUUUUUACACUGCAAUGCAGAAGUAGACCCUAUAUUGGACACAGCAUACUUGUGGAAUCAUAAUGGCAUUCGUAUGAAAGAAGCCACCGACCUAUACGCUGAUAAGAGAAUCAAAAUUGAAGGAGGCGAGUUAACGAUUUACAACGUUAGUUUGUCCGAUGUGGGCGAUUAUGAAUGUGUCGUUAAAUCUGCAAUAGGUAGAAUUUCUUCUCACACACAACUGCGGAUUGAGGGCCCGCCGGGAUCUCCAGGUGGUCUACAAAUCCUCAACAUUCAAAGAUCUUCCGUUACUCUCGAAUGGACGGACAGUAAUUCGAAUGGUCAUCCUAUUACUGGGUAUGUGGUUACAGGACGUACCCACUGGAACUCGACGUGGUACGUUAUAUCUGACAACGUGGAAAAUGUGAUGGAAGUCGACAGGUAUAACGGAAGGAAGCAAGCUACAAUAACCACAACGUUGAUGCCUUGGGCUGUCUACGAGUUCCGUGUUCAAGCUGUUAACGUUUUGGGUGCUGGUAAGCCGUCGGCGCCAAGUCCUCAAUUCUCUACAACAUCUGAUAAGCCGUACCAGGCGCCGUUCAACGUCGGCGGCGGCGGUGGGAAGACCGGUGACCUUACCAUUACCUGGCAACCAUUACCGCCAUCAUUACAGAACGGACCUGGUAUACAUUACAAGAUAUUUUGGCGACGCAACGGAUCUGAGGUCGAAUUCCAAUCGCAAGUCCUCAAAAAACAUGGGAAUAUCGGGACGUACGUUGUUCAUAUAUCGCCAACGUAUUUCUACACACCUUACGAUGUCAAAGUGCAGGCUAUUAAUGAUAACGGCGCCGGGCCUGAGAGCGAGGUGGUGACCAUAUAUUCGGCUGAGGACAUGCCGCAAGUGGCACCGCAGCUCGUGUACGCUCGCUCCUUCAACUCCACGGCCCUCAACGUCACGUGGAAUCCUAUCGACCAGUCUCGCGAGAGACUCCGAGGAAAGCUCAUCGGCCAUCGUCUGAAGUAUUGGAAGCAAAUGAACAAGGAGGAGGAAUGCAUCUAUUACUUGUCAAGGACCACGCGCAACUGGGCACUUAUUGUGGGCUUGCAGCCGGAUACAUAUUAUUUUGUUAAGGUAAUGGCGUUCAACUCUGCGGGCGAAGGUCCAGAGAGCGAGCGCUUCUUGGAGCGUACAUUCCGCAAGGCUCCCCAAAAACCACCAGCGUCCGUCAAUGUGUGGGCACACGACCCCAGCACCGUCCGCGUCGUGUGGCGCUACGUACAACCCACCGAUGAGGAGGAACCUCUCCUCGGGUACAAGGUGCGCGUAUGGGAGAUAGACCAAGACAUGAGCACCGCAAACGACACAAUAGUCUUGGUGGAGAACAAACUGGAAGCGUACGUGGGUAAUAUGACGCCAGGCAAGUCUUACAACCUGCGAGUGCUGGCUUAUUCUAAUGGUGGCGACGGGCGCAUGUCCUCGCCCGCUAUCACCUUCCAAAUGGGCGACUACCACUCCGACGCCAAUGGAUACUACGCCAGGGACGCGGCCCACAAAGAAAGUAUAUCGCUACUAUUAUUGCUAGUGACUGUCUUAAUACCGUCCUGCCGUGUCUGGAUGUUAUCACGUGUAUGAAUUGUAAUAGUCGGGUCACUUAUCGCAUUACAAUUCAUACAAUGUCACAUUGAUUGUAAUGUUUUCAAACUGCAGCUUUAGUGAUUAGUCUAUUUUUAUAACUUUGUUUAUAAGAAUAUUAAAAUAGUGAUGUGCACUUCACAAAUAACUCACAUUCCGUUCCGGCUGGUAUUAGUUUUAGUGUUUGUGUAUGAGCCAUUUUGCUGUGCAACUUGAGUAGCUAUUUUUCCAAUACUCUUUUGUUAGAUGUACAUUAUUUCUAUAAUUUUUUUACUAACCUUAUUGAGACUUUUAGGUUCCCUUAUAGGUUUUUUCCAUUUUAUACUGUUAGUAUUAGCAAAUUCUUCUUUCCAUUGUCUAAAAUGAUAUUUUUUAUAUUUUUAUAUAUACUUAGAUAUAGUAUGUCAAAUAUCGUUGACAAUAAGUAAUAUAGAAAUGCAUUUUAGCAUGUAUGCAAUAAGCUAUAAGUAUACAGAAUGUGAACUUGUGUUUAUCGAAAUAUACUAUAGCAUUGCAACAUGUUUAAAUGUAAGUAAUAUUUAAGCUUUAGUAUUCUACGAAUUAGUGAUAAUCUAAUAUUUUAAUAUUACGAGCUCAUAUCACUGUAGGAAUCUCGUAAGUUAUAAGUCUUUGGAACAUUGACAUAAUUUACAAUCCGAGCCAUUUUAACAAUCUGAUUUUAUUUAUAUAUUUUUAUUUUUUUACACAAUUUAUAUGGUACAAAAAGAAGCAACGCAUUGUGCAAUCUUAUUGUUUUGUACAUUUUUACAUUUGUAUAUUUGUGAGAAUGUUUUGCGGAAAAGUAGGUAUUGCGUAUGAUAAGGGUGUAGAUAAUAUUUAAUAACAGUUUGUCGUUUUGACUAAAAUGUCGUACCUUGAGAAUGAAAAUUACCUAACUCAAAAUUUUGCAAAAGUGACUUAUCAAGACAUAAGUUUUAAAACUAGCUUUAUUCUGAUAUAUCAGUAAAGAAUUGACACAGGUCAGAAACAUAUCAUUUUCUCGCAUGAAAGUGUCCACAAUCCAUACAAUUUCAAUUAAAAAAACAGUAAGCAUAAAACUCAGGUCAAAAACGUUAUAUAGAUUUUCCAAACAAAAAACCAUAUUACUGGGUUAUGUCACUUCAAUUCUAAAGGUACGAUUUGUAUAGAAAAAAAGUAAUAUAUUUAUUAUCACAGUGUCUCUCUAAUAUACUCAUCACAUUUUCACUUCAUUUUACAAGCUAAUUUACUAUCUAUUUAUUUCGUAUUUGAUCAAUAAAACACCCUCUCUCAAUUAUUUUGAAAUCGCAUUGUUUUGGUGAAUUAUUUAAUUUUUGACUCAUAGUAAGUAUAACAAUAAAUUGCAGAUUUACAAACAUUGUUUUUUAUACGUCACAGCUGGUAUUUUAAUAUUUCGUCGUUAAUCAUAAGAUACACGUAGUUUUCGUCACAUUUUGAAAAUAGAAAAAUGAAAUGCCUUAUAUUAUAAUGUUAAAUACUUUGUAACGUUUUCAGUAAAAUGAUAAUAAGA